AUGUCCACCGCCGCCGCCGCCUGCCGCGGCGGUCUGUCGGGGUCGGUCUCCUCCAUAGUAGCCGACACGGCGGCCGGGUACCACCUCCUCAGGAUCGACGGUUACUCCCUCACCAAGGGCAUCCCCACCGGCACGGCUCUCACUUCCAGCCAGUUCACCGCCGCCGGCCACCUCUGGCGAAUCAGCUACUACCCCAAUGGGGACUCUGCCGAAUCCGCUCAUCACAUGUCGCUCCACCUCUUGCUGGACGAAAAGACCAACACCACCAAGCGUGUCAAGGUGCAGGCCCAGUUCCGGUUUCGUUUUGCCGGCAGGGUGACGAAGCAAUCUUCGCUGGUAUUAGGCCAAGACAUGGAGCCACAUGUGUUCAAAUCCUUGCUUACUUUCAUUUACACUGACUCGUUGCCUGAGCUGGAGGACGAAGAAGCAGAUGACGACGAUGGCGGAGAAGGUGACAAUGGAGAUGGAGAUGACGACGGCGGCGAAGAAGGUGACAGUGGCGGUGCGAUGUGGCCUCCAUUGCUCGCAGCGGCAGAUCGGUACGCCGUCCCAAGGCUGAAGGCGAUAUGCGAGAAGAAGCUCUGCAAGGGCAUCGGUGCGAGCACGGUGACCACCACUCUGGAGCUAGCCGAAAGGCACCAUUGCCCGGAGCUGAAGGAGGCGUGCCUGGAGUCCAUGAAAGCUCCGGCGAAUUUGAAGAAGGUGCUGGCUGGUGACUAGGGAUGGCAACGGGGACGUACCCGACGGGUAUCGGCGGAACGUUCUCAUCCCCAUGAGUUUAAAUAUGUCCCGUUCUCAUCCCCGUCCCCGCUCGCGGGGAUAGGUUUUUCCCCGUCCCCGUCCCCGAUCGGGGUUUUCAUACCCGUCGGGUACUCAUACCCAAGUACACACUCAUGUAAAAUAAUUAUUGUAUGAUAAUAAAUAUAACAAACUGUGCAUUUUAAAUGAAAAAACAAA